AUGGGAAGAUACAAUCAAAGUUUAGAGAUAUUUCUGAAAGCUGAAUCACUGCUGGACUCUCCAGAUCAUGAAGUUUAUCAUUACAUUGGAGAUUUACUUCGUCUCAAUGUAAAGCAUAACAAAGAAAAUAUUCUUGACGCAAAAGAUUAUUUUAAAAGAUCAAUUAUGUGCGGAAAGCAAAUAAAAACUUAUAAAACACUUGCUGAUAUUUAUAGAAAGGAAAAGGAUUAUUUAAAAGCCAUUGAGUUACUUGAAAAUUGUGUUUCUCCUGGCAACAUCGAGUUUCUACCCACCUUAGGAAUAUUGUAUUUGAAAGUCAAUGAAGUUGAUCGAGCAUACGGAAAGUUAGAAGAAGCCAUUUCUAUCGACGACAAACACGCUGAAUCACUUCUGGCUUUUGGAGCAAUCAUGCAGACAAAAAACGAUGGCGAAGCUGCUCUUAAUGUUUACAAGAAAAUUCCGAACCUUCAAGAUGAAAGUUUCGAGAUCUGGAAUAACAUUGGAAUGUGUUUUUAUCGCAAAAACAAACUAAUUGCGGCUAUUUCAUGUCUUAAAAAGGCGUUAUGGAUGUGCCCUUUGAACUUUAAUGUUUUAUAUAAUCUCGGGGUGGUUCUAAUGACUGCUCAACAGUUUGCUUCUGCCUUUCAAUGUUUUGUUAGUGCUGUGAGUAGACGUCCCGAUAACGCUGAAAGCUUCAUGAUGUUAGCAAUUUGCCUUUAUUACUUGAAUGAUACUGAGAACGCGCAAAUAGCUUUUCGUAAAUCAAUUUUCUCAAGUUCAGCAAUCAAAAAUCCAUUGAUCUACUUAAAUUAUUCAAUAUUUUGCUUGGAGUGUCUCAAAAAUCCUGAUGAAACGCAACAAUAUUUAAAUAACUUUUAUAAUUUGUGUGACACAAUGAAAGUACCGAACGAAUACGUACAAAUAGCUGAAGUGGUUCUAUCGAAAUUGCCUUCAACUUUGCCCUUCCCAGAAACAAAGACGGUUGUUCAUCAAGUGAAAGAAACGAAAAUACCACAAACUCAAAAUGAAAAGACUGACUCUGACGCCGUCUUAAAUGGGGAUAAUGAACAUGACAAAGAACAAAAUAAACUUUGUAACAUUGGUGACCCCGAUGAUGAUUUGGUUUAA